AUGACUAGUGUUCUUCUUUUUGCUCUCCUCUUACUCAUCCCAGUUAUCUUUCUGCUUAGAAGAACCAAAUCAUCCAAAAGGGUCCCUCCAGGUUCACUUGGAAUUCCAAUUAUUGGUCAAAGCCUUGGCCUUCUUCAUGCUAUGCGAUCCAACACUGCAGAAAAAUGGGUUCAAGACAGAAUCAACAAGUAUGGUCCUAUUUCAAAGCUAAGUCUGUUUGGAACACCAACUGUUUUGAUUCAUGGACAGGCUGCAAAUAAGUUUAUAUUCACAAAUGGCGGUGAUACUAUUGUUAACCAGCAAACACAAUCUAUUAAGAAGAUAUUGGGUGACAGGAACUUAAUGGAACUGAGUGGCAAAGAUCAUAGCAGAGUCAGAGGUGCACUUGUCUCAUUCUUGAAACCAGAAUCUUUGAAGCAAUAUGUAGGUAAAAUUGAUGAAGAAGUUAAGCAGCACAUUCAGAUGCAUUGGGAAGGGAAGCAGCAGCUCAAGGUAUUACCUCUGAUGAAGACUCUCACAUUCAAUAUAAUUUGCUCUCUUCUGUUUGGCCUUGAGGGUGGAAAACAAAGAGAUCAAUUCAUGAAACCCUUUCAAGCAAUGAUUCAAGGAAUGUGGUCGAUACCAGUUAAUGCACCUUUCACACGCUACAACCGCAGCCUAAAGGCAAGUGCGAGGAUCCAAAACCUGUUGAAAGAGAUUGUGCACCAGAAGAAAGAUGAACACGAGAAAAACGGUGCCAAUUCCCGCCAAGACUUAAUCAGCUGCUUGCUUAGCAUGGUUGAAGAUGGAAAACAAGUUUUAACUGAGAAGGAAAUCAUCCAUAAUGCUAUGCUUGUCAUGGUUGCAGGACAUGAUACAUCAUCUAUUGUAAUCACUUUCGUUAUCCGGCUUUUGGCUAAUGAACCAACUAUUUAUGCAGCUGUUCUUCAAGAACAGGAGGAAAUAGCAAAAGGCAAGCUUUUGGGAGAGCCUCUGACAUGGGAAGACCUUUCAAAGAUGAAGUACACUUGGAGAGUAGUAAUGGAAACUCUGAGAAGGUUUCCACCCGUCUUCGGUGGGUUCAGAAAAACAGCAACAGAUAUUGAAUAUGGUGGAUACAUUAUACCCAAAGGGUGGCAGAUCUUUUGGGUUACAUCGACGACUCACAUGGACAGCAACAUUUUCCCCGAACCAUUAAAGUUUGACCCGAGUAGAUUUGAAAACCAAGCAUCUACACCACCCUAUUGCUUUGUUCCAUUUGGAGGGGGAGCAAGAAUAUGUCCAGGAUACGAGUUUGCCAGGGUUGAAACUCUAGUGGCAAUUCAUUACCUUGUGACCAAGUUCAGUUGGAAGCUGCUUUCAGACAAUUCCUUCAGCAGGGAUCCAAUGCCAACACCAUCUCAAGGUCUACUGAUUGAACUUUGCCCAAGGGAAAUAUCAUAG